CAUCAACAAGGACAACAUGAACAACAUCGAAGGUCAGACUCAGAACUACAAGUGACAAAACCUGCUACAGCCUACCAUAUCGUAACCCAUUCUGAGUUCUGCACGGAAGAGCUUGCUAUAGAAGCUGAAUUGCGACAACGGUUGCUAGAGCCGAACCUGGAGUCAAGUUGGGUGGAGUCUAGCCAGGUGACUAACAUUAAGGCUCAAUGCAAUUCCUUUUCAGCAGUCAUGUCUCACCUGUAGUUCCUUUCUGGGAUGGGUUGGGUUUUUUGGCGUUUCUGUUAGCGUUUUCUUUUGACUCUUCUCAUGGGGAAGUAGAGCAUAACAAACGGGGAACAGAAACACCAAAACCCUACUUCUAAUAGCAUAACCUUCCAGACCUUUUGGGGUGGGCAGACGUUGACUCAUGUAGACGAUCUAGGCCUAAGAGAUGACCCUUUGAACAUGCCAGAGUUCAAAGGGGAGUUUAACAAGGUUGCGAAAAACUGUCGACUACGUCAGAGCUGUGGAUUUCCCAUUGGUCAAUUCUCUCUCGAAGAUGUUCACGUUGAAAAGCAGAGGAUGGUGGCGACCGAUGUGGAUCUUGAUGAAAAGCCGUAUAAUGGGAAGACACCACUGAGCACGCCACAGGAGGGAACGCAGAUGACGCCCAACGCCAAAAAGUCAUGUCUGAAGC